AGUACGUUCGACGCACACUACCGCAAACAACUCCAACUAUGAACUUGAGCGACGACGCAACUUUUUUUCUGCUGCGCCUUGUUGAGCAGUUCCCCGCAUUGUGGGAUAUGACACUCGCCGAGUACGCGGACACAACAGUGAAGGAGAGUAUAUGGGAACGCAUAGCGAAGGAAAUGAACGAGGAGUGGCCUGCGUACGGGCCGUACGAUGCCAAAGCCCUUCGGCGCUUCUUUGACAAUAAGAGACGCACAUACCGGUUGGAGAAGAAGAAAGUAGAAUCCACAAAGAGUGGAAUGCCAAGCUCGGACGUUUAUAAAGGUCGCUGGCGCUUUUAUAAUUCACUCAGGUUUUUGGAUGCUUCAAAAGUGACCUGUUGGCGUUCUGUGAGCACUGAUGCAUGCCAAGCUGCGGCGGAGACCAUGAAGGUACGACCAGACAUUGAUGAUCCUUCACAAACCUCAGACGAUGCAGCUGCAGCGACUGACGACCAAAACAUUACCGUGGACGACCCAAUUGCGGGCAAGGCACUCUCUGCAAUGUCCCGCCAAGGAACACAGAAGAAAAGGCGCCGAUCUCCCCAUCGUUUAGAUGAAAUAUUGGCCCAACGGCAAACUGUGUUGGAAAAAAUAGCUGCAAGCGUAGGCCAACCAGCGAGUACCACACAGCAGGAAGAUGAUAUCGACUAUUUUGGUAAAGUUGUUGCUGCACACAUGCGCGAGGUUCCGAAGGAUAAGCUGAUCCCAUGCCAGAAGGCUAUCUUAAGCGCACUUGAAAUCUACAUCAACAAAAGCGAGUAAGAAAGCUCAACAGAUCUCAUUUAAUAUUGCCAGUUAAUAAAUCGUUGCUUACCUCCAG